AUCGAAGUAUCGAUUUUGGACGCCAACGACAACAAACCGAUAUUCGAAAGAACCGUAUAUAAAUCGACAAUAAGUGAGAGCUUGCCGGUCGGUAGUUUUGUCUUGACAGUCAGAGCCACUGAUGUCGAUUUAGCCGAGAAUGGCGCCGUGAGGUAUGCGAUUUCGCCGCAGUCGUUGAUAUCGGUUCCGAAUCUGAGGAGCUAUUUCCGGUUGAAUGCUACUUCCGGUAUCAUGACGACGAAUAGCGUGCUAGAUAGAGAAUCUGUGGCUAUGUUUAGGUUGGUGCCUUGUCGUCGCGAUCAGGGCAUACCGGUGGCACUGACGUCAUCAGCAACGGUCGACAUAACGGUGAUAGACAUUAACGAUGAGAUCCCGAGAUUCGAUAGGGAUGUGUACUCGUUAUCGGUACUGGAGAAUCGAGUAGUU